GUUAAAAUAAAAUCUUUCAUUUUUUGAAAAGACUUUCUGUCUUUAUAGGUAUAUUAUUCACAGCAGAUGAAAGCAUUUCUCUCUCCAAGCAUUUUUUUUCCUCUUUCUAUCUAAACAAAGAUUUUUUGUUGCAUUUGUACCAUACAAAUUUAGAUCAAUAUUUGUCUUAACUGAAUUUGCAUUUUGAUGUAAAAAGGAAAAAAAAUUGAGAUUUUUAUUAUAAGAAAGGGCACAUUUGAGAGAAGGAAAUAUUAUUUGAAGGGGGCAAGGCAUAUAGAAGAAAAGAAAGAGGAUGAAAUUAACCUCCUCUAUUCUUAUUCUUAUUGUGCCUCCUCUCAGAUCUUAGUAUUUUGCAAGAUUUGGCACUUGGGUUUCCUUAGAUUGGUGAAGUUAAAUCCUGGGUUGGUCGGUUGAUUGAUCAUUGGAGGAUCCGUUUGUUUCUAAAUUUUGAGUCAGAGAGAAAACUUUCAUUCUCUAUCGGAUUACACUUUUGUUGUUAAAAUAGAAGAAAAAGAUGUCUGAGAAUGGAAAGCUAUUUAUCGGUGGGAUAUCUUGGGACACCAAUGAAGAAUGUCUCAAGGAGUAUUUCAGUAGUUUUGGUGAAGUGGUAGAGGCAGUGAUCAUGAAGGAUCGGACCACUGGGCGUGCCCGUGGUUUUGGUUUUGUUGUUUUCUCUGACCCAGCUGUGGCUGAGAGAGUCAUCAAGGAGAAACACAAUAUUGAUGGCAGGAUGGUCGAGGCAAAAAAGGCAGUUCCUAGGGAUGACCAGAACAUUAUGAGUAGAAGCACUAAUAGCAUCCAUGGUUCACCUGGUCCAGGCCGCACUAGAAAGAUAUUUGUAGGAGGUUUAGCGUCUACGGUCACAGAGAGUGACUUUAAGAAGUAUUUUGAUCAGUUUGGUAAUAUCACAGAUGUUGUAGUGAUGUAUGAUCACAACACCCAAAGGCCUAGGGGUUUCGGAUUCAUCACUUAUGAUUCAGAAGAGGCGGUGGACAAGGUGUUGCUAAAAAAAUUCCAUGAACUGAAUGGUAAAAUGGUUGAGGUUAAACGAGCAGUUCCCAAAGAGUUAUCGCCUGGUCCCAGUCGUAGUCCCCUUGGUGGAUAUAACUAUGGUCUGAAUAGGGUCAACAGCUUUCUUAGUGGCUACACUCAGGGAUAUACUCCAAGCAGUGUUGGAGGCUAUGGACUUAGGAUGGAUGGUAGAUUUGGUCCAGUUGCUGGUGGUCGAAGUGGGUUUCCUCCUUUUGGUUCUGGUUAUGGAAUGGGCAUGAACUUUGACCCAGGUUUGAACCCAAGUUUUGGAAAUAGUGUAAAUUUUAGUAGUAAUAUGAACUAUGGACGGGGAUUGAGCCCUUACUAUAUUGGUAAUGCAAAUAGAUUUGGUAGUCCUAUUGGGUAUGAUGGAAGUAAUGGAGGUAAUACUUCCUUUUUCAGCUCAGUGACCCGGAAUCUUUGGGGAAGUGGGGGACUUAAUUACAACACAAAUGCUGCUAGUUCCAGUGCUUAUAUGGGAUCUGGAAGUGGAAGUAUAGGAGGAAGUGCCUUUGGAAAUAGUGGAAUUAAUUGGGGUUCUUCUGCAAUUUCCAGUCAAGGUGGAGAGAAUAAUGUUUCUAGCAAUAGUGUCAAUUUCAGCUAUGGAAGUGGUGAUAACAGCUUUGGGUUGGGAACAGCAGGUUAUGGGAGAAACAGUGGGACCAAUGUGGCACCAACAUCAUCAUAUGCAGCAUCAAAUGGUGGUUAUGAUGAAGCCUUUGCAGACCUUUAUGGUGGUGCUUCAGUUUAUGGGGAUAACACUUGGCGAUCAUCAACAUCUGAGCGAGAUGGUUCUGGUUCCUUUCGCUAUGGAAUUGGUAGUGCCACUUCGGAUGUUUCGGGUAAAAGUUCUCCUGGUUAUGUUGGUGGAUAUAGCGUUAACAAGAGGCAAGCAAAUAGAGGUAAGACUUCUUACUUAGCAUCCUAAGAUCUCUCUGUAAAUGAUUUUCAGCUUGAGGAAAUUUUCUGUAAAUGUUUUAAAGAAUUAUUACUGAUGUUCAUUUCAUAGGAGUUUAGUAGAACAAUCUUGUUUAAGUGUUGUAGAAGCAUAACAAAAAGAACCUUACAAGCUUUCAUAUGAGGACUCUGCUAGCUACUUUCUUUGGGCUAGAUCUUAAAUUUGACAGCACAUUCCUCUCAGUAAUAUGAUCUUUUGUUUCUUAAUAGCUGCAUGAUGUGCUUGCUAGUUUUAGAAAAACUAUGCCAGUCGAGAUUGAUAAACAAUUUUUGAACAUAAUGAACAUAUCAUUUACAUUUGACAGUUUUUUUAACAUCUCUGAAAUUGGUUAUAUAAUUUGGUAGCUUUUAAUAAAUCUUUAAAUCUUCUAAGAGUGGACAAGAGAAAAAGAGAUAAUGAAGUUUUUGUUGAAUCAUUAAUGCUACUAAAAAUUUUAAGGUAUGAUAUUAAUGUUGAAACUGUUGUGUGAAAAUAAUUGUUGUCUUGUACAAAGGUACUUAUUAUAGAGUAACAAUAGCACAGACAAACUAAAACAUUUCUCACCUAUCUUAUUGUUUGGUAGUUCUGUUGUUAACAUGUUUGUCCUUUUACAAGUUGAAUUUGGUUAUUUUGGCUGCUAGUGACCCAGUGUUUCCUAUGUCUAAGCCCCAAGUGAAAGGUUUUGAAUGCACUAAUUGUUUUGUAGAAUUAGCAGCACUUUUAGUUUUAUAUUUAUUAUUUCGUAUUUAUGUUAGGAUUUAUAGGUUGUAAGCUAUAAAUACCUAAUUUUAUAAUUUUCUUAAGAGUUUUCUUUUUUAUGGAUUGUUGAGAUAUUCAGUUGUUGGAAUUAGAUUCUUUUACUCGUUCUUCCUUCUGAUUAUAUAAUUUUCUUAAAAUUAGAUUCUUUUAUAAGUUCCUUAUUUGUGCCUAUUUCUUUCUAUAUUUCUUUAUUUCCCCCUUUCUUCAGUAUUCCUAUCCUUCCUUCUAACUUGUGCUACGUCAUUCAUCUUCUUUUCAGCAGCUUAAUGCCGGUCUUAUGUUUUUUUCUAAUCUUCUAGGCCUAUCAUUGCUUGAAUUGUGAUCAAUCUUUCAUUCCUUGAUAUAUCUUCAGUAUUUUUAAAGUUUAAAGCAUAGUUCUAAUUUGUAACAAACCUCUUCACUAGAUAUACGAAGUUUGGCCUCUGCUUGAGCAUACUUUUUAAGUUUCGGUAUGUUCCAAGUGGAAGUUCCAUACUAGUUGCACUUUGUAAUUUGAUUUGUAGACACAUUUGAGUCUUGUAUUGAUGCAAAUAUAUGGUUUCAGAUGCAACUCCUAAAAUCUUUGACCUGGCACACAGCUAUUGUGCAUGUGUCAAUUUAUGAUUUUGGACAGACAUUCUAUUGUGAUUGCAUGUGAUAAAGUAUGAACUGCAGAAUUGUCUAACACUUAUUGAAAAUAUAGUUUUGCAUAAGCAUCUUGAAAGAAAUAGGUAACAUUCUCAUCAGUCUAUACAGGCAAACACCAUACUCAUGAUUCCUUGACCACUGAUUGCAAGAGCUCUAAGGUUUUUUCACUGUCAUUUUUCACGGCACCUUAACAUGAUUGUCUUUGAACAAUUCUUUUCUCCUCAGAACUUUUCCCAUGCUUCUAUGUACUUCUUCAUGCAAAUCGUAUGUUGCUAUUUUCUGUUUGUGACAGAUACAAAGUCUUAGAUUUUUUUUUAUGUAGAGAAUAUAAGUGUCUUAUAAGGAUAUAUUUCUUCUGCCUCCACUUUCUAUAGUUUGGUUUUUAGUCUUUUGAUUUUAGAAAUUUUGUUCCUUUUUUUGGGCUAGCCAAGUGAAGCAACUGUUUUUGCUGUCUCCUCUUAUCCUUAAACUUCAUUGGUCCUUUCAUGUUAACUAGGUUUGGUGGUCAAAUGCCUACUCUACAAUUUUUUCCACUUUAUUGUGUUGUUAUCAGGUUUCUAAGCAUAAAAUGAAUCAAGUGCUUAGAGAAGAAGGAUAUCGGAAAUUGAAUGGCAAAUACAAAUGAGUUGAAUUUGGGCCUUGCACAUUUAGAUUUAGCAUUGUAUUUCUGAUAUGACAUGGAUCAUGAACUUUAACCGCGAUUCUCAUGUUAUUGACAGAGGGGUAUCAUUCUGUUUUCUUGACUUGUCACUAGUUUCUAGUCUUUUUUUUUUUUUUUUGCGGAUUGAGACCCUAUAAUUUGCUUAAGGGGCUCUUAUGUCACUUCUUACUUUAUCUUUUAUUUAUUUAAGGUCCUGAAAACAUGAUAUAGUUACUACUAAGAGAUCUAAGUGUGUUAUAUUUCGUUGUCAAAGAAGCAUUAGUUUGUAUCCAACCAUUGUAAAACAUGCACUCACAUACAAAACCUGUAAUUGCGCCUAGGGAUGUCAAUCUUACCCGUACCCAAUGGGGAACCCGAUUCCUUACCCGAAUGGGGAUGGAGAUGGGUAUCACAUUGUGAGUAUGUGGAUGGGGAUGGGAAUGGGUAUGAUUUUAAAUUUUUAUUGGGUAUGGGGAUGGGGAUGAGGAUGGGU